AUGAUUGACAUCUCGAGAACACCCGAAUUCUCCAAUUGUGGAACUAGGAAUUUGGUCUCAGUCCAGACGUCCUCUGACCAAGACUUGGACUGUAUCAUAGGGGGCAGAAACAGGCAAAGAUCUCAUUCCUAUUACAGCCCAGAGGAAAACAAGAACUAUGGUGAGCAGACGCAGACAGAGCAAACCUGUCCAAGACCUCGCUCCAGGUCUUUUUACAGUUAUGAGACACCAGAGCUUAGCAGCAACAAUGACGUGGGGAACUUCAACCGGCUCAGUCCUCUGAGGCAGAGAGCAAGUUCCCUACAACUACAUCAAAAGGAGAAUAAAGACAAGGAUGGAGCUGGUGUUCGAGUCAGUGCCAAAAAGUCCAAGUCUAAACAAAACAAGUUGUCUCCCUCUGGAGAACUUAAUGGCAGUAAAGGCAAUCUCAAGUCAGUGUCGAUGAUAACUAUCUCCGAGUCGGACAACUGGGAGAUUAGUUCCAACUCGGGAAUGAAGUAUGGACAGUUUGUGGACUGGGAGAAGAUCGAUCCUGAAGCUGCACAUAGGUACCAGCAGAUCCUGAGGAGCGAGCACCAACAGCUGAAAACCAUGGGCCGAGAGGGAUUCUGGGCCACGCCGCACACACUGAGGGCCAAGGCUUACUAUCACAUCAUUCACAGCAUCAACUGCAGCAGGGCUAUCACCUCAGACAGAGAUGUUUACUAUGAUCUGGCCAAGAAGCUCUUUGGAGAACAGAAGAUCAGCCCCCACCCAGUCCCAGAGUACAUGGAGGGAGAAGAAAUACCAAGAUACUGUCUGAACAAAGCUGGGCUGAACUCUGUUAAGAAGAUUCUUCUUAGCCUCGGGAAACACUUCCCAGACAUGAACUUUUGCCCCAUCCUGCCUGCGUUGGUCUCCCUCAUCCUCCACUUCAGCCAGGAUGAAGCCGAGUGUUUCUACAGCGUCUCCAGACUCAUCACUUACAAUGACCCCAACAAGCGUUACAUCGACCAGAGCUUCCUCACCUACCGCGCCUCCUGUAUGACCUUUGGCGACCUUGCAAACAGGUGUUGCCGCGGCAUCCGUAAGCUCAUCGCUAGCUCUCACCAAAACCUCUUUGAAUUUUACUCGGACUGGAUCAUGUGGAUUUUUGCUUACCUUCCCUUCACCUACGCCAUCAGAGUGCUGGACGUCUACCUCCUGGAAGGCUACAAGGUCCUAUACAGGGUGGCACUGGCCCUGCUCAGCCUCUACAAAGUGUCCGUGUCGUCUCGAGUGGCCGACGUGGAGGACUUCAGAACGGACAUGAAAAGGUUUGUGCAGAAUGUCGCUCGCCACUGCACGGUGGAGAAGCUUCUAGAGCGGGCCUUCGGGAUUCCGAUGGCCACGCGGAGAGAGCUCAACCUCCUGUUCAAUGCCAACAAGGACUCUCUCAUGCAAAAAGGUGUCAGCAUCCACCAGAACAGGCAGACGGUGGAGACAGUGGACUUCUCAAACUUCAGCUCCAGUGUUGUGACAGGGACUGAGAUGAGAGUCGUCUGGGCCUGGAUACCUGAGCGCUUUGCCCUUUUCAGUCCCAUCAGGCUGUUUAGCACGGCUGAACACGGAAGAAGUCUCGCCUCACUCUACUCAAAUGUGGAGGGACACGAACCAGCAGUGUUGAUGAUCAAAACUGUCGAUGAAGAGGUCUUUGGGGCCUUCCUGUCAACGGACAUGACAGAAAGAAGUAAACAUGACCAUGAGGGACUUACAUAUUUUGGAACUGGGGAGUGUUUUGUUUUCACGCUUCGUCCCAGCAUGGAGCACUACCAGCAGGCUAUGAUCAACAUCAUGACCAGAAGAGCUUCCCCACAGCAGGACCCCAGCUACCUGACCAUUCCCUUCACUGCCCCGUCAGAGGAGCCCACGACUGCUAAAGAGCCAAAGAGACCUAAGGGACAACAAGCCUAUAUGUUCAUAGCAGGAAACGACAGAAAGCUCAUCAUUGGUGGCGAUGGGGGUCAUGCUCUCUGCCUGCAGGAAGACCUAGAGGGAGGAUACACAGAGCAUUGUGACACAUUCAAGAGCAUCCCACUUGGCAAGGGAUAUUUCAAGAUCCAGUCCCUGGAAGUGUGGGGCAUCCAGAACUCUAUUUCCUUUUCCCACUCUUUUCCCUCUCAGUAA